CCAAUUUAACAGUCCGACAACGCUUCCAGUUAGCCAAAAAUUGAUUUCAUUUCCGAGAAAACUUGAAAACGCAAAUGAAAUGGCCAGCGAUUUUCCUCCUUCAGUCAUCCGUAUUUGGAUGGACAAGCUGAAAAAGGGCGUUGGGCUGCCGGCGACGGUUCUGGAGCGUUCCCUGCUCAAUUUAAUGAGUGCAGGGGCAGCCAGUUUGUCGGUGAAAAAUGCCACGGAGCAAGGCAUACUGGUGGCCAGAGCAGGCGGCGGACGGUCCAAGCGUCUGACCCUCGCCUUUUGUCAAAAAGUGAGCCGGCUGCACAGCUCACCAAAUGAUCCGUUUUGCUUCGAGUGCCAUUUGCCCGGAGUCGUUAAGAAAUGCAUAUCCUGCGUUCGCUCCUUCCACGAGAAAUGCCAGCGACAGGACCCGGAGAAGCCCAAUUAUUCAGUGCCCUCGGACAAGGGUCAACCCUACCAGUUCCCGGUCAACGAAUCGGACGAUGAGCCCCUGAACAACACUCAGAACUUGGAGAUCCCCCAAACGCCAACGCCCCUGCUCGAUCAUAAUAGCAACAUCGAUCAGACUUUGCUAGCUAGUACGGAUUUGCUGAAGCGCGAGAAUAUCGAGUGGGACGACGACGUCUUCUUUGUGUGCGAACAAAAGGGCGCGCGCCAGCGAAAGCUGCCCAGGAUCAAGGACGAGCUACAGAGCAGCUUGGAUAGCGAUGAGGGCAGCGAUCUGGAGCGCUGCACCCACUGCCGUUUGCUCGCCCUGGCCGCUCUCCACAACCCACCGCAACUCGACAAGCAGGAGCUGGGCUGCCUAUUGAAGUACUCCUGGGACCAGCAUCACUCCUGGAUCUGUAUGGAUGUGGCCAAGUACAUGGCCAAGAACUGGAACGAACGCGACAAGGCGCUGGUUAAGCGGCUCCUCUUCAAGACAAAGAUUUUGGGUCUGCGCGACAUCGAGCAAAACAUAGCGGCGGAGAAGUAUACGUACCUAACAGAAUUCCUAAUGGAUCUGCUCGAUCUGCAGCACAACAUGGCCGUGUUCUUUGGGCCGAAGAGCGUUGAGUACAAUGCCACCAAGUGGCUGAUGAGAGAUGUGACGCACGACAUCCGAGAAAUCCGUCUUUGCCCCGACUGCUUCAGAUAUUCCAACGAGGCCAGCCAGUCGGAUCUCUGGUUCGCCAAGCCAUGUCUUCAGCGGCACGAGUUGGUAUUUGCCAAGCAGGUGGGCUCACCACCAUGGCCUGCAAAGGUGAUGAAAGUCUCCAAGCGUCAGCCCAUCAAGUACGACGUCCGCUUCUUCGGUGGCACACAUUCCCGGGCCCUCAUCUCAGAACGUGAUAUUACUCCCAUCGAGUCGGACAUUCAGUCGCAUAUCAAACCACGGAACUCCCGAGCUCUGAGCGCUGCGAUAAGAGAACUGCAGUGUCAUAUGAUGUUAUCCCACUAUUCCGCCUCGCUAUUCGGCUUCCAUGCAGAUCCCACCGUUGCCGAGAAUCUCAUUCAGGUGGCUCUAUCCCACUGCACGGAGUCAACGGAAACGAGUGCGUCCGGCAAACGAGGACGCCCGCCGACUCCAGCCACUCCCGGCGCUGCAAGGAGGCGACGGCUCAAUAACACCACUUCUAAUACCUCAUCGCCGGUGCCCAUUCGUGGGAUUCCUGACUCCGUAGCAUAUGAUAGUCUAACCGCCGAAGUACUGCAGGCGAAUAACGAUCUCCUAAAGUGCCGGAGAGAGCUCUCGGCCACGCAAAGGAAGCUGGCUGAAGUGAAAAGGAAGCAGUGGUGCUACUAUUGCCUGGAUGAGGCCGUUUUUAACUGCUGCUUCACUGCGUCCUACUGCAGCGUGGAAUGCCAGCGACGUGAUAAGAGACGCCACCAAGCAUCCUGCAAAGUUACUCAUUAAAUUAAGACUGCAGACGAAAAUGGAAACUAUGUCCACAGUGAUAACAUCUCGUUUCCUACCAUCCUUUUGUAUCAAAUGUAUCCUUUCUUAAGAUAUACUAUUUUCAGAAGAUAAAGAAUGUUAAACUUGUAUUAAUGAAAAA